AUGAACAGCUUUCUCAACCCCAUUAUCUAUGCACAAUUCAAUCGGGACUUCCGAAUCCCCUUCAUUUACAUUCUACGUUGUCAGUGUGGCAGUAUCAACGAUCGCAUCCGCACGGAAAGUUUCGCGCACCAGUUCGGACUUUCUCGGAAAUCCAGUCUGGGCAGGCGCUGCUCCAGCGGUCAGCGCGGUUCCAGCAGUAGUACUCUCAAACGUCCACGGCGCCAAACCCUCUCUAGCCGGAAUACCCUGCUUUCCCAGCACGCACAGACAGACAGCAGUCCCGUCUGCGGCAAAGGUGGCCGCACUAGUAUCUGCAUCGCCAUAGAAGCCAGUGACUUCCAGUUUAUUCCCUCGGAGGACGUCGCCGCUGCCGCCGCCGCCGCCGACAGUGCUGUCGACGGUAGGGCGGGCGCCCGACUCCUGACUGCGCCGAGCGCACCCUGUUUCACCUACGAGUUCGGCAUGCCUCUGCAGCAUAGUCCCGAAAGUGAUGUAGGGACGACCGAGGACAUUUCCUCAGUCAGUCAGCCUAACUCCCGACCUGUGUUUGCAUUGACCUACGGUGACGGUCUCGGGGACGACGGUGACAUCGAUGGGGUCGUACCCGCUUCAGCGCCAUCUUCACCGACACAGAAGAAGGCAACCGAGAACGGUCCCAGACCAAACUCCGAAGAGCCGUCAGUCGCACCUCUGGUCGGAGAAAUGCCGACGGCAACGGCAACAGCAGCCAUAACUAGGCCAUCACCAGGCGAAGCGACAAGGAAAGAAAUCGGAACUGCGAAGCAAUUUCACUGGACAAAGGCCAACGACUUCACACCCACUGUACGCCGUCUCUCAAAUGUCUCACCCUCCCAACGGACCACCCUUUGA